UUUGAUAUAGGCUACUCACUGUAUUUUUUUUUUACAUACCCUUCUCAUCAGCAUGCAAAUUUCUCAUCAAAAUAAGUUUUCUGAAUCCUUAUUACCCUAUGAGUAGUGAAUCUAACCGAUCGAUUGCUCGGUAGUAAGAUUGUUUUUCCUUUCGAUUUAGGAAAAAUAGUCAAGCUCAGACAUUCACGGAUGUUUGGUAGACGUGGUAGCUGGCAGCAAGCUUGCUAGCCAGUAAUAUAACUUAGUACGACUUGCUGACACUGAAUAAACGUAUUACUCAACGUGAUGAGUUUUCCUAAAUAAAUUAGAAAGCAUGCUUGAUUUUGUGAUAUUUGCGGUGACAUUUGUUGUCAUCCUGGUUGGUGCGGUGCUUUAUUUAUACCCGUCUUCAAGAAGAGCGUCUGGAAUCCCUGGCCUCAACCCCACUGAGGAGAAGGAUGGCAACUUGCAGGACAUUGUCAAUAAAGGCAGCUUGCAUGAAUUCCUGGUGGGCCUUCAUGACCAGUUUGGCCCAGUGGCGUCCUUCUGGUUCGGCGGGCGUCCGGUGGUCAGUCUGGGAAGUGUGGAUCAGUUAAGACAACACAUCAACCCCAACAAAACCACGGACUCUUUUGAGACGAUGCUGAAGUCGUUGCUUGGUUACCAGUCUGGCUCGAGUGCAGGAGCAACAGAGACGGUGCUGAGGAGGAAGAUGAAUGAGAGUGCCAUCAACACCACCCUGAAGAAUAACUUCCCCCUGCUGCUGAAGCUGGUGGAGGAGUUAGUGACCAAAUGGCAGUCCUACCCCGAGUCCCAGCACACACCCCUUUGUUCUCACCUCCUCGGAUUGGCUAUGAAGGCUGUCACUCAGCUAGCCCUGGGGGACCGAUUCCGCGAUGAUGCUGAGGUCAUCCGCUUCCGAAAGAACCACGAAGCGAUCUGGUCGGAGAUCGGCAGAGGCUACCUCGAUGGCUCCAUGGACAAGAGUGCCAACAGGAAAGGGCACUAUGACAGCGCGUUAGCAGACAUGGAGUCGGUUUUGAAGUCUGUGGUGAGGGAUAUCAAGGGGCACGGUUCUGGCCAGUCUUCCUUCAUUGACUCCCUCAUACAGGCAAAAGUCUCUGAAAAACAGGUGAUGGAGGAUGCUAUGGUCUUCACUCUCGCUGGUUGUAUUAUCACUGCUAAUUUGUGCACCUGGGCUGUCCAUUUCCUUUCCACUGCUGAGGAUGUGCAGGAGAAACUAUUGAAAGAAUUCACUGAGGUCUUGGGGGAGGGGCCUGUUACCCUGGAGAAGAUUCCAGAACUCAAGUACUGUCAGCAGGUUUUGAAUGAAACUGUACGAACAGCCAAGCUCACGCCCAUCGCUGCAACUUUACAGGAGAUUGAGGGGAGAGUCGAUCAGCAUCUCAUUCCUAAAGAGACGUUCGUCAUCUAUGCUCUUGGCGUGGUACUCCAAGAUGGAGACACGUGGCCUCUGCCCUACAGAUUUGACCCUGAUCGAUUCAAAGAGGAGUCCUCCAGAAAAAGCUUCUCCCUUCUAGGAUUCUCUGGGAACCAGGCCUGCCCAGAGUUAAGUUUUGCCUACAUGGCUGCCACGGUGCUGCUGAGCAGUCUGGUGCGGCGGCUGAAGCUCCACGGCCUGGACAGGCAGGUGGUGGAGGCCAGGUACGAGCUGGUGGCCACGCCCAAGGACGACACCUGGAUCACCGUCAGCAGCAGGGAGUAAACCUGCCCCCCCAUGUGAUCUCACGCUCAUGGGUCGCGUCCUUGACUCACACUCUUCCUCUGGAGGAAAAAAUAGAUGACAGUGGAAUCUGCUCGAUCACCAGCCAAGUCUGGCAUCACAGUGGCUCAACAGCACAGGGUUAGAUAUUUUGCAUACGUUUUGCAUUUGCGUUGUAUUUUAUAUUGAACGACUUGUUCGGAGUCAGUCGGACAAAUCGAAGAGCAAAGGACAUAUGCAGAGAACAAGUGAUUUGAAUGAGCCACGUUUACCAUUCGUUGUAAUUAUUUGACAAUGUCCACGAAGUGAAAUGCAUAUGAAAAUGAGGGGAAAAAAUGACAAGUCCCUUUCUAUCCGUACCACAAGUGCCACAGCCCUUUGGCCUAUACACUGCCCGGGACCUUUAAAGGAAUCUUUAAAGGGAUCAUUUCUGGAUGUCUGUUAUUAACUGUUGUGGCUUAGCAGUAAUAUUUGUAUAGUGAAUAGUACACUCCAGAAGAAAAUGAAAAUAAUUGAAGACAUAUUCUUCAUCAGUCAUGAUGUACUAACAUUCCAAAUGUGUCCUUACCCCUGUUAGAAGAAGAAAACUAAACAAAUAAAUAUAUGACUGAAGUGUUGAGGCCUUGACAAGAGUACCUCAGUACAGGUAUUUUCUUUGUUAAUAAAAUUGUUGUUUACUGAA